AUGAAAGUGUGGGCGGAUAGGAUUAGGUUUAGCCAAACCUAGGCUACAACCAAAACUUUAUAGACGUUUCCCUUCAAUUAUUAUCUAUUCAGGUAACUUGAUACGGCCACGUAACUCGGGUAUCAAAUGAAUACCUAGUUAGUUUAUAUCUUUCCUCCUUCCUCUUUCCAUUUCAUUCGAAAGUGAGAAGCCCUCGGUGCGAGUGCUAAUCCUCAAUCCUUAAAAAUCAUCCCACCCCUUUCAUUUUCAUUUCACUCUCCUUUCCCAUUUGCUCCGAGCUUUCUCUCUUGUUGCUCUCGUUACUCACGCUUCACCAAUUCCAGGAGCAUCUCUCUUGCUCUUUGUGCUCCUCUCACUUUGGAUAAUUCUAGAAUCAUGUUAGUGGCGGUUCGUUCUCGAUCACUCUAAUCAGGUGUCAUUUCAGGAGCAGUGUCCGCUCCGACAUGCUCAAAUGGAUCGCGGCGGUCGGCGUUCUCGUCUGGCUGACCAUGUUCCUCUUCCUGUAUGCCCAGUUGAACACCAAUUCGAGUAAGAACCUAGUUGGACAAUACACCGCCACCUCCCACUUUAUCUCACUUCCAGGCGGCGAAUCCAUUCGAGCGUGGCGACAAACAAAAGAAGCCAUCGAUAAGCUGCAGGAACAAAACGAUAAUUUGAAGAUUAUUCUAGAAAAAGAGAGGACGGAAAGGAAUGAUCAGCACAAGAGAAUGUGAGUGUGCCCCCUCCCAAGGGUUACGGUAUUCAAGGAAACGCUUGCAGACUCGAGCAGUCUCAUCAAUUGCCUCCUCCUAUGAUCGGACCUGUGAAUCAAGAAGUCGUCAGGGAAGUUGUCUUCAAGCCGGACGUGCUAGGAUCUGUGGAGCAAGAAGUUCACAAGAGAAUGCUGGACGACAGGAUACGAGAGGUAAUUUUCGAGUCUACAGUAAUCCUCUUCAACUCUUCAUUUUAGAUGUUCUACCUAUUGCACAGUCAAUCGAUAGAAAACUCCACGAAAACAUUGAUGGAGAAUCAAAUGCAUUCCCUGAUGGCUCUGUCCGGAAAGCUGGAAAAACUGGAAGGUUCCGAGAAGGAAAGGGUGAAACGACGGGCUCAAAUCGCGGAGAGAAUUCUGAAAUCGAUCAAGAAGCUGCAAAAUCCGGACAGCUGCGAGAACGCGAAAGACGUUGGUUUGCAAUUUGGAUAA